AUGGAUGGAGAUGUGGUGAUUGCUGGGUUUUUCCCUCUUUACACUUUGGGAAGAGACCAUAGUGUCAGUGAUACUUCUAAGCAAGAAGAGAACACACAAUUUGUCUUCAAGAACUACCAGUUUGUCUUGGCCUUGGCUUUUGCCGUUGAAGAAAUCAACAAGAACCCCAAUCUUUUACAUAACAUAACUCUGGGAUUUGAUAUCUAUAAUGUGGAUUUCAAAGCUUGGUCAACACUCAAGAAUCCCUUUGUCUGGCUUUCUGGGCAGUACAAGAUCCCUAAUUACACCUGCAUGAGAGAAAUUAACUCUGUAGCAGUACUCACAGGAAUAUCAGCAAUAACAUCAGCCCAGAUUGGGACAUUGCUGGAAAUCUACAGGUUUCCACAGAUUACUUUUGGGCCUUUAGAUCCUGUGCUGAGUGAACAAAGCAAGUUUCCUUCUCUCUAUCAGAUAGCCCCAAAGGACACAUCACUAGCCAUUGCCAUGGUCUCCUUGAUGCUUCAUUUCAGCUGGAACUGGGUGGGGCUGUUGAUCUCACUAGAUGAAAGUGGUUUGUGGAUAAUUCCAGAAUUGAGGGAAGAGAUGGCCAAGAACAGAGUCUGUGUAGCCUUUGAGCAUGUGGUUUCAAGCAAUCUGCUGGCACAAGCACUAAACUUCAUGAUAAUCCAUAGCCAGAUUACUAGAUCAUCAGCAAAUGUAUUCAUCAUUUAUGGUGAUCAUGAAUACCUACUAAACUUAACACUGUAUUUUGGGCAAUUUUUAAUGACAGGCAAGGUUUGGCUUAUGACUUCACAGAGUGAUUUAACCAUCAGUAGAAGAUCUUUUAUCUUAGGCUCAUUCCAUGUCCCUCUCAUGUUCUCACACCACCAUUCAGACAUUUCUUGGUUUAAGAACUAUGUCAGGGAAGUUAAUCCUUCCAAAUACCCAGAAGACUUUUACCUUGCUAGGCUGUGGGUUCUCUCUUUUAAUUGCUCCCAUUCUGAGUCUGACUGUGUAACAUGGGAGAACUGUCCCCAGGAUGCCUCCUUGGAAUGGCUGCCUGGACACAUUUUUGACAUGGCCAUGUCUGAAGAGAGUUAUAAUAUAUACAAUGCUGUGUAUGCUGUGGCCCAUGCCCUUCACAAGAUGCUUCUUCAUCAAACAGAGAUGCCACUGAUGGGAAAUGGGAAAGGGAUGGUGCUUUCCCCUGUACAGCUGCACCCUUUUCUGAAAAAGAUCCAAUUUCAUAACCCUGCUGGAGACAAAGUGAUUUUGAAUGAGAAAGAGAAAUUAGAUACAGACUAUGACAUUGUGAACAAUUGGAAUUUUCCAGAAGGCCUUGAAUUUAAGGUGAAAGUAGGACUAUUUUCUCCAUAUGCUCCACAUGGUCAUCAACUGUCAAUAUCUGAAGAUAUGAUAGAGUGGACCAUAGGAACUACUGAGAUUCCUCACUCAGUUUGCAGUGAGAGUUGUGGUUCUGGAUUCAGGAAAUCCUCUCAGGAGGAAAAGGCUGCCUGUUGCUUUGACUGUAUCCCUUGCCCAGAAAAUGAGAUUUCUAAUGGGACAGAUAUGGAGCAGUGUGUGAAGUGUCCAGAUCAUCUAUAUGCCAACUCAGAGAGAAACCAGUGCGUCCAUAGGGCUGAAAGUUUCCUGGCUCAUGGAGAACCCUUGGGCCUAGUCCUGGCCUGCAUGGCUCUCUGCUUGUCUACUCUCACUGCUCUAAUUCUUGGGGUUUUUGUGAAAUACCAAGACACUCCCAUUGUCAAGGCCAAUAACCGGGCUCUAAGCUACAUCCUGCUCAUCUCCCUCAUUUUCUGUUUCUUUUGUUCCUUGCUCUUUAUUGGUCGUCCAAACAUGGUCACCUGCAUCCUGCAGCAGAUCGCAUUUGCAGUUGUGUUCACUGUGGCUGUUUCUACAGUGCUGGCCAAAACAGUGACCGUGGUUCUUGCCUUCAAGGCCACUUCUCCAGGGAGAAUGAUGAAGUGGCUGCUGGUAUCUGGGGCUCCUAAGUUCAUCAUCCCUAUCUGUACUUUGAUCCAAGUGAGUCUCUGUGGACUCUGGCUGGGAACCUCUCCUCCUUUUAUUGACACAGAUGCAUACUCUGAACAUGGCAAUGUCAUCAUCCUGUGCAACAAGGGCUCUUUCACUGCCUUCUACUGUGUCCUGGGAUACCUGGGAACCCUGGCCAUGGCCAGCUUCACUGUGGCUUUUCUGGCCAGGAACCUGCCUGACACCUUCAAUGAAGCCAAGUUCCUGACCUUCAGCAUGCUGGUGUUCUGCAGUGUCUGGAUCACCUUCCUGCCUGUCUACCACAGUGCCAAAGGGAAGGUCAUGGUAGCUGUGGAGGUCUUCUGCAUCUUGGUAUGGUGGCUACAGCUGCUGCCGCUGCAGCUGGGUAAAGUUGGCACCGUGGGAUGUGGUCUAAGGAAUUUCUUCUACUUAUAG